UCUUUGGGAAAUUUGCUUCAGAAUAAGACGAGGACAGCAGAAGCUAUGGCUGCAGAUACCCCCAAAGCAGAGGUAAUUGUGGGGCUCGGGCAGGGCAGCUACGUGGACGUCGUCCGCACCGCCGAGGGCAGCCAUGUGACGCAAAUCCGCGCGAUUCCCUAUUGGAAGCCACAAGCCGAGAAGCUGAAACCACUGGCAUUGAAGGGGAGCCGUGCCAUGCACCAGAGCACACUGAACCUCGAGGAUGGACGUUCGGGGGCGGAUUACACGACCACGCACAAAUACUUUUAUUCAGGAAAGAACUGCAAAGAGGACCCCUCGAAGCCCCUGGUGAUCAGACAGGCCCAGUGCAGCUCCCAGCACCACCGCUCACCAGGUCCGCUAGGCCCCCUGACUGAGGUGGAGCGCCACCAGUCGUACAGCAGAGAGGUCUUUGUGCCCAAGGAGGUCAUACCGCGGCACGUGCUGCACUCCACUGGGCUGCACAAUCGGAAUCGGAGCCACGAAGGAAAGGCGAUGAAGGAAGUGACGAACCCCCUGGGUGUCACCGAGAACUAUGACACCACCUACUGCUCCGUGCACCAUGGCAGACCGCCAUCUGCAGGCACCGGUGUCACGGGCCACCCCACCCCCUGGCACACCCACGACGUCAUCACAGGAGAAGACCUGCAGCGGUCAACAUGCCUGCCAAACUUCAAGAGAAAGUCAGGGGACCAGAUACUGUGGUGGUCAAGAAGGUGGGAGAAGGACCAUCAGGCACUGCGUCUCUACUAGGAGAGAAAAAGCCCACCAUGAAUUGAGGGAGCCCACAGCUGCUGCUGCCCGACCCUCCUGCUUACGCCUGGACCUGCACCUUCGAUCAGCCGCCGGCUCUCCACACAUGACCUUCAAAUUCCAGGGACACCGAGAACGGCUUUGCGCUUCUGUGCUGUGCCAAUGGGACGUCAUGUUGGGGUUUUGAGGGGUCUGGGCU